UUCGUAGCUCAACGAUCCAAUCUUAUUAAUUAAGGUCCAUCAACUCAUUUCUCUUUAAUCACAUCCACCAUGGGAACGCCCAUUGCACCCGUUAAGUCACUCGAUCAUCUUGUGCUGACCUGUGCGGACAUCUCCACAACCGCAGAUUGGUACCACAACAAUCUCGGCAUGAAGAUCGAGAAGUUCUCUUCCGAAUUGCAACCAGAUGUAGAAAGAGUAGCCUUGAAAUUCGGCUCGCAGAAGAUAAAUCUCCACCAGAAAGGCAAAGAGUUCGAACCAAAAGCAGCGGUUGCUCGUCCUGGCACAGCUGAUCUAUGUUUUAUCCUCCAAGGGGGUACCGACCUGGAACAAGUAUUGCAGAGGUUGAAAGACAAGGGUUUAGAAGUAUUGGAAGGAGGAAAGGUUGUGUCACGCACGGGAGCACAAGGAAAAAUACAGAGUGUAUAUGUCCGAGAUCCAGAUGCCAAUCUGAUUGAAUUGUCUAUUUACCCUUGAUAUGAAGCCAUAAUUAUUACUGGGAUCAUAACAAUCACAACAUCCUCUACUCGAUCUUGCAAGUCGAAUGUAUCUUGUCUCACACUCUUCUGUCUAAGAAAUGCUCGAUGGCAGCGAUACUAAGACUAUAUUCACAUUAUCAUGAUGUGUUAGAACCAAGAGUAGUCCUGUUACAACGGUCUCUUUCGAAGAGCGAUGUGAAGAAGAGAAAACACGAAUCGGCCCAUAGUUCUUUCUGACUAAAUGCCAAAAGUAAUGCUUUUGAUCUUGAUGGAUAAGGG